CACAGUCAACUACAACCAUAGUGAUGGAAUCAACUACAGAUUCAACCUCAGCUCGAGUUACACAGACAACUAUAACUGGAGCGACACCAUUAACUACCACUGGUGUAACAGAAUCAAUGUCAACUGGUGGAACAGAAUCAACUUCAACUACAGAAACACAAUCAACCAUUCCUGGUGCAACACAAUCAUCUUCAACAGAAGCAACAGAAUCAGCAACAUCUGUUGUGGCACAAUCAACUACAACUACUGCAACAGAUUCAACAACAGUCCAACAGAAUCCAACACAGUCAACUAUAACUACACUUACAGAAUCUACUUCAACUGGAGGACAACCUUCAACCAUAUCUGAUGCAACACAGUCAACUACAACCAUAGUGAUGGAAUCAACUACAGAUUCAACCUCAGCUGGAGUUACACAGACAACUAUAACUGGAGUGACAUCAUUAACUACCAGUGGUGUAACAGAAUCAAUGUCAACUGGUAUAACAGAAUCAACUUCAAUUACAGCAACACAAUCAACCAUGACCGGUGCAAUACAAUCAUCUUCAACUGAAGCAACAGAAUUAACUACAUUUGUUGUGACACAAUCAACUACAACUAGUGCAACAGAUUCAACAACAGUCCAACAGAAUCCAACAAAGUCAACUAUAACUACACUUACAGGAUCUACUUCAACUGGAGGACCACCUUCAACCAUUUCUGAUGCAACAUCGUCAACUACAACCAUAGUGAUAGAAUCAACUACAGAUUCAACCUCUACUGGAGUUACACAGCCAACUAUAACUGGAGUGACACAAUUAACUACCACUGGUGUAACAGAAUCAAUGUCAACUGGUAUAACAGAAUCAACUUCAACUACAGCAACACAAUCAACCAUUCCUGGUGCAACACAAUCAUCUUCAACUGAAGCAUCAGAAUCAACAACAUCUGUUGUGGCACAAUCAACUACAACUAGUGCAACAGAAUCAACAACAGGCCAACAGAAUCCAACACAGUCAACUAUGACUACACUUACAGAAUCUACUUCAACUGGGGGACCACCUUCAACCAUAUCUGAUGCAACACAGUCAACUACAACCAUAGUGAUGGAAUCAACUACAGAUUCAACCUCUACUGGAGUUACACCGUCAACUAUAACUGGAGUGACACAAUUAACUACCACUGGUGUAACAGAAUCAAUGUCAACUGGUGGAACAGAAUCAACUUCAAUUACAGCAACACAAUCAACCAUGACCGGUGCAAUACAAUCAUCUUCAACUGAAGCAACAGAAUCAACUACAUCUGUUGUGUUACAAUCAACUACAACUAGUGCAACAGAUUCAACAACAGUCCAACAGAAUCCAACACAGUCAACUAUAACUACACUUACAGAAUCUACUUCAACUGGAGGACCACCUUCAACCAUGUCUGAUGCAACACAGUCAACUACAACCAUAGUGAUGGAAUCAACAACAGAUACAACCUCUACUGGAGUUACACAGUCAACUAUAACUGGAGUGACACAAUUAACUACCACUGGUGUAACAGAAUCAACGUCAACUGGUGGAACAGAAUCAGCUUCAACUGCAGCAACACAAUCAUCUUCGACUGAAGCUACAGAAUCAACUACAUUUGUUGUGACACAAUCAAUUACAACUAGGGCAACUACAACUGGAGCAACACAGACAACCUUAACUACAGCAACAGAGUCUACAUCAGCGGGAGGACCACUUUCAACUACAGGUGAUGCAACACAAUCAACAUCAACUGGAGCACCACAAUCAACCAUAUCUGGAUCGACACAAUCAACUACAGCUGAUGCACCACAAUCAUCUUCAACUGAAGCAAUAGAAACAACUACAUUUCCUGUGACACUAUCAACUACAACUGGAGCAACUACAACUGGAGCAACACAGUCAACCACAACUACAGCAACAGAAUCCAUUUCAACUGGAGUACCACAGUCAACCACAGGUGAUGCAACAGAAUCCACAUCAACUGAUCCACCACAAUCAACCAUAUCUGGUAGAACACAAUCAACUACAACCAAAAUAACAGAAUCAACUAUAGAAUCAACCUCAAUUGGAGUUACACAAUCAACCAUAACUGGAGCAACACAAUCAACUACCACUGGUGUAACAGAAUCAACUGUAUCGGGUGCAACACAAUCAAAUACUAACAAAGUGACGGAAUCAACUACAGAAUCAACCUCAACUGAAGUUACACAGUCAAACAUAACAGGUGUGACACAAUUAACUAUCACUGGUGUAUCAGAAUCAACUACAAGUGGUGGAACACAAUCAACUUCAAUUGCAGCAACACAAUCAACCAUGUUUGGUGUAACACAACGAUCUUCAACUGAAGCAACAGAAUCAACUACAAAUAGAGCAACAGAAUCAACAACAACUGGAGUGACACAGUCAACCUUAACUACAGCAACAGAAUCUACUUCAACUGGAGGACCACAAUCAACCAUAUCUGGUACAACACAGUCAACUACAACCAUAGUAACAGAAUCAACUACUGAAUCAACUUCAACUGGAGUUACACAGUCCACCAUAACUGAAGCGACACAAUUAACUACCACUGGUGUAACAGAAUCACCUACAACUAGUGGAACACAAUCAACUUCAACUGCAGCAACACAAUCAACUUCAACGGCAGCAACACAAUCAACCAUGACUGGUACGACACAGCUAUCUCUAACUGAGGCUACAGAAUCAACUACAUUUGUUGUGACACAAUCAACUACAACUGGAGCGACACAGUCAACCUUAACUAUGGCAAGAGAAUCUUCUUCAACUGGAGUGCCACAUUCAACUACAAGUGAUGCAACACAAUCAACUACAACCGAAUCAACCUCAACUGGAGCUACACAGUCAACCAUAACUGGAGCGACACAAUUAACUACCACUGGUGUAACAGAAUUGACCAUAUCUGGUGCAACACAAUCGACUACAACUGAAGUGACGGAAUCAACUACAAUUGAAGUACCACAAUCAUCUACAAUUGAUGCAACAGAAUCAACUACAGUUGUAGAAUCACAAUCAACCGUAUCUGGUGCAACAUUAACAACCACAACUGGGGGAAUACAAUCAUCUACCACUGAAACACCACAGUCGCUUACAACUGGUGCAUUAGAGUCAAUUCUAACUGGAGUGACACAAUCAGUCACAACCGGAGCAACUCUGUUAACUACAAACAAAGAGACACUGUCAACUUUGAGUGCAAUACCACCAUCUACCAUGACUAGUACAAUUCAGUCACCAACAACUACAUCACAAUCUAACAUAACUCAAGUAACACAAUCCACAAUGCUUGGCUCAACAAGUACCACUGUAAUUGGAGCAAAGCUAUCAACAACAGUCAUAUUUUCUACUUCUCCACACUCAACAUGUCAGUGUGUAUGCUUACCACUUACAACUGGAGAGCCACAAUCAGUCUUUAAUACAACAACCUCAACUCCAGCCACAACAACUACAACUACCCUAGCCCCUACCACAAUGACUAUAAUGACUCCAUCCACUACCACCACCAGCUCAACUCCAGCCACAACAAUUACAACUACCCUAGCCCCUACCACAAUGACUAUAACGACUCCAUCCACUACUACCACCACCACCUCAACUCCAGCCACAACAACUACAACUAUCCUAGCCCCUACCACAAUGACUAUAACGACUCCAUCCACUACUACCACCACCACCUCAACUCCAGCCACAACAACUACAACUAUCCUAGCCCCUACCACAAUGACUAUAACGACUCCAUCCACUACUACCACCACCACCUCAACUCCAGCCACAACAACUACAACUACCCUAGCCCCUACCACAAUGACUAUAAUGACUCCAUCCACUACCACCACCAGCUCAACUCCAGCCACAACAAUUACAACUACCCUAGCCCCUACCACAAUGACUAUAACUACUCCAUCCACUACUACCACCACCACCACCACCACCACCACCACCACAACAACAACCACUACAAUUAGACCAACAUCACGUCCAGCUUUUAUAAUAGUAAUGCGGGUUGUCCUUGUCAUAGUAUUUCAGCCAGCGCUUAACAACUCACAGAGUGUAGAGUUCCAGCAACAAGCAAGAACUUUUCAAAAUGCAUGUGAUUUAAUUUAUCGACAACGCUAUCAAAGUCGGUUUCUGCGAACCAUUGUGAUAGCGUUCAGACUGUCUCGAAAUCGACUGGACAAUGUUGAGACAGAUUUCAACCUUGUGUUCAAUGACACUUCACCUGAACGCCUCCCUGACAGCAGCGAUGUUGUUGAAACCUUGGCUAAAGCCAUAAUCAACUCAACUUCAGGCUUUAAUCUGACUGUGGUUCCUGGUUCCAUAUCUGUUACAAGUGAACCCCUCUCAAGAGCCAUUCCCCUGUUCCGUACCAAUGACACGUUUAUUGCAGAUCUUUCCGAAUCCACUUCCGAAGCCUUCCGUGUCAGAGCUUCACUCAUUAAAACCGAGCUUGAGCCAUUCUUUGUUGAAGACUUUCAGCCAGAUUUCAUAAGCCUGACACCAACAAGAUUCAGCAAUGGAUCAAUUAUCCAUAUGACGGACAUUAUUGUGACCGCCAACUCCACAUUCCCCAGUGAUACACAGAUUAUUGCCACCUUGACCAGAGCUGCAGAGAGUGGAACUUUGUCAAUUACCAUCAUCUCCAUCAGUGGCACAGCAACAACUAUUACUACACUAGCCCCUGUCGCAAUGACUACAACAACUCCUACCACACCUACAACUACUACUACCACACCUACAAGUACUACUACCACCACCACCACCACCACCACCACCACCACAACAACAACAACCACAACAACAACAACAGCUAGCACGACAACUAGACCACCAUCACGUCCAGCUUUUAUAAUAGUAAUUCGGGUUGUCCUUGUCAUAGUAUUUCAGCCAGCUCUUUCUGAUCCACAGAGCUUAGCAUUCCAGCAACAAGCAAGACCUAUUGAAAAUGCAUGUGACUUAAUCUAUCGACAACGCUAUCAAAGUCGGUUUCUGCGGACCAUUGUGAUAGCAUUCAGGCUGUCUCGAAAUCGAAUGGACAAUGUUGAGACAGAUGUUGACCUUGUGUUCAAUGACACUUCACCUGAACCCCUCCCUGAAAGCAGCGAUGUUGUUGAAACCUUGGCUCAAGCCAUAAAUGACUCAAAUUCAGGCUUUAAUCUGACUGUGGUUCCUGGUUCCAUAUCUGUGACAAGUGAACCCCGCUCAAGAGCCAUUCCCCAGUUCCGUACCAAUGACACGUUUAUUGCUGAUCUUUCGGUUUCCACUUCCGAAGCCUUCCGCUCCAGAGCCUCACUCAUUAAAACAGAGCUUGAGCCAUUUUUUGUUGAAGACUUUCAGCCAGAUUUCAUAAGCCUGACACCAACAAGCUUCAGCAAUGGAUCAAUUAUCCAUAUGACGGACAUUUUUGUGAGCGCCAACUCCACAUUCCCCAAUGACACACAGAUUAUCGCCACCUUGACCAGAGCUGCAGAGAGUGGAAAUUUGUCAAUUACCAUCAUCUCCAUCAAUGGCACAGCGGUGUCAGCAGGUGAACUCAGCAACAAGAUUAACCUCUUGAGUGCCCUUGGGCUUACCUUCAUAUCACUCUAUGUGGGUCUGCCCUGGUGACCUUUGAGAUCUCUCACCUGACCUUGCUGGCGCAGACUUUUAUUGUGAAGAGAAAUCUUUGACCAUCACCCUUGGAUCAUCAUUGUUGGAGGAGUUCAUCCAUACUCCUACUUUCAGCAUUCAGGAGACCGGAUAUGACUCCUACUCCCUGCAAACAUCACAUCAAAAAUGGCACGUCUGUUUUUCCUUGUUGUUGCAAGGUUUGAAAAAUGUAUUUACUUUAAAGUCUUUUUUUGUUUUGUUUAAAUAAAUUUUGCGUUGUAUGAAGGAGAGGCAAAUGUAGCAUACUUCAAAUCACAUACACAGGACAUCUGUCUUAGCAUUGAUUUAUUGUUGACUCAUAACUCUUUGUUUCAAUAAACACUUUGUUAGUUGCACUGAUAUGUCAUUUUGAGCAUCAUGCCUCUGGGUAUUUAUGGCACACUCUAUUGUAUUCACUCUUACUCUUGAUUCAUUUAUUUAUUUUAUUUUUAUUUUUAUUUGAUAGGGACAGUGCUCAUUAAUCAACAGACAAGUCACUUGCCGUAAACAAGCCAGAGUUAGUUGCAAGAGCUCAUUUUCAUCUGUUGUCCCUAGCCAGAUCUUAAAGGCACCCUAAAAUAUUUACUUGCUUCUGUUCCCCCCAGAUUUGGUGAUUUGCUUCAGCUUAAAACCCAUUCAUUGUCUCAACAAUAAACAAUGUCUGA